AUUCAUGCUUUUGCCCUUCCUUUCUCUUUCCCUGCUUUCUCUUUCUCUUUCUCUCUCUCCUCCAUUCUCUCUCUCAUCUCAUUGCUGUGUCUUCUCUCCUUCAACUGCCGGAUGUGAUUCUCCACCACCUCCGAGCUUGCCAGAGGACUCAUCCACCUCUUUCUUCCUAGCUCGCCUGCUUCCUUUUCUUUCCAAACACAAAUCCGCAGCCAAGAAAGUGCAAAUUAUAAAGAAAACAUCAGAAUUCAAAGCAGCCGGAAAGCAAGCUGCUAGAAGAGCGAAAAGAGAGAGAGAAAUAUAUCUCAGCAGCACUAAGUGGCCUCCUCCAUGGUGUUCCCUUCAGUACCGGCCUACCUAGAUCCACCUAAUUGGAAUAACCAGCAGCAAGGCCAGCAGCCGAGAGCGAGCGGGGGUGGCGAUGCACCAGCACCGCUUCUGCCCGUGGGUCCUCCGGCUCCGGCGGCGGCUCCCGAUGCCUCUGGCUUGCCGAGCAGCUCAUCGGCGGCCAGUGCCGCCAUGGCCGCGCACGCGCGGCCCAACUCGAUGGCGGAGCGCGCGCGGCUGGCGCGGAUGCCGCAGCCGGAGCCGGCGCUCAAGUGCCCGCGCUGCGACUCCACCAACACCAAGUUCUGCUACUACAACAACUACUCCCUCUCCCAGCCCCGCCACUUCUGCAAGGCGUGCCGCCGCUACUGGACGCGCGGCGGCACCCUCCGCAACGUCCCCGUAGGCGGAGGCUGCCGCCGCAACAAGCGCUCCUCCAAGUCCUCCGCCGGCGGCGGCGGCGGGGCUUCUUCCUCGUCGUCGAAGCCGUCCUCGUCGGCCAGGCAGCUCACAGCUGGUCCGUCGUCUAUGCCAUCCAGCAGCACGGGCGCCACCGGCGCGAUCAUCCCACCAGGUCUCGGCUCCUUCUCGCACCACCUGCCGUUCCUGGGCUCGAUGCACCAGCCUGGGCCCAACCUAGGGCUAGCCUUCUCCGCCGGCCUGCCACCGCUUGGCUUGCAGCACAUGGACACGGUGGAUCAGUUCCCGGUGGCAAGCGGCGGCGGUGCCACCAUAGGUGCAUCGCUGGAGCAGUGGAGAGUGCAGCAGCAACCGCAGCAGCAGUUCCCGUUCUUGACAGGAGGAGGAAUACUGGACCUUCCGCCGGCGUCGAUGUACCAGCAGCUGGGUUUGGAUGCUAACCGAGGAGGCAGCGGUUCAGCUGCAGCGGCGGCGUUUACGUUAGGGCAGACCAGUGCUGCAACGGCUAGGCAGGAAGGAUCAAUGAAGGUGGAGGAGAGUAACAAAGGACAGGACAUGAGCUUAUUACAAAGGCAGUACAUGGCGGCUCUACGCCACGGAUCACUCUGGGAUGGAAAUGCUGGUAGCAGUGGUGGCGACGGUGCUGGCAAUGGCGGUUCUAGUUGGCCGAUGAACAUUCCUGGAUUCAAUUCUUCAUCGACAGGUGGCGGCAAUGGUAGUGGCAUGUUGUAGUACUCCUUGUGGCCAAUGUCCUAAGCAAGAUGGCAAUGGCAUUGUCCAGAGGCAUGCUGGUUAAGUUUAAGCAAAUGCUACCUAGGAAGGAGGAACAGGAGAUGGUCAACCCACCGGUCUGUUCAUCAGCUGUUAUUCUUCAUCAACGACUGUAGAAGCACUGCUAGCUCAUGAUGGUCACAGGUACAGUCUAAGUUAAAGUUGCUCUUGGUUAACUCCUUUUCUGUCAUUUGGUUUUGAACUCAAAGGUGUGCCUGCAUUGUGUCCAUAGCGCCACUUUUCUACUUUUCACACUAUUGCUCACAGGGAUUAAUUAAUCAAACUUGGUGCAUGGGGUAUACUAUUUGAUAAGGUAUAUAUAUUUGACACGGAGACGGCGAUCAAAUUGUUUCAUUA